AUGCCGCUUUCCUGUAGAUUUUACAAGGAAAAAUAUCCGGAGAUAGAAGAUGUUGUUAUGGUUAACGUACGAGCAAUCGCCGAAAUGGGAGCAUAUGUCCACUUACUGGAAUACAAUAACAUUGAAGGAAUGAUAUUAUUGUCAGAGUUGUCAAGAAGGCGUAUUCGAUCCAUUAACAAACUCAUCAGGGUAGGAAAAACCGAACCUGUAGUGGUUAUUAGGGUAGAUAAAGAAAAAGGUUAUAUUGAUUUAUCAAAGAGACGUGUCAGUGCAGAAGAUGUUGAGAAAUGUACUGAAAGGUUUGCAAAGGCAAAAGCAGUCAACUCAAUUCUUAGGCAUGUUGCUGAGCUUCUGAAAUAUGAAUCUGAUGAGCAGCUGGAAGAACUGUAUCAAAAAACAGCAUGGUACUUUGAAGAGAAAUACAAGAAGAACAAGGCUAGUGCUUAUGACUUCUUCAAACAAGCUGUACUAGACCCUAGUAUUCUAGCAGAAUGUGAAUUAGAUGACAGAACAAAGGAGGUUUUAUUAGGCAAUAUCAAGAGAAAAUUGACUUCACAAGCAGUGAAAAUAAGAGCAGAUAUUGAAUGUGCUUGUUAUGGGUAUGAAGGAAUUGAUGCAGUGAAAACUGCCCUAAAAGCUGGUCUAGCUUUGUCUACAGAAGAACUACCCAUUAAGAUCAAUCUAAUAGCACCUCCACUUUAUGUAAUGACAACUUCCACACCUGAAAAGCAAGAUGGUUUAAAAGUUCUCAAUGAUGCUAUUGAGAAAGUUAAAGCAUCUAUAACUGAGUUGGGUGGAGUAUUCAAUAUACAGAUGGCACCAAAAGUUGUCACUGCCACAGAUGAGGCAGAGCUUGUUAAACAGAUGGAACGUGCUGAACUUGAGAAUGCAGAAGUUGCUGGUGAUGAUGAUGAGGAAGAAGAUGAUGAAGGUCAAAUUUACAGUGAAGAGGAUGGGGAAAAUGAAGAAAAGUCUGGGGAGGAGGAAUAA